GGGCAAAUGGUUUAGGGUUCUUCAUGGAGCUCGGAGCGCCAGGGUAGGCUCUGGAUUGAUCAGGGCAACAAUGCUGCGCUGCAGUAGCAAGCCACUGGAAAUCUGUGGGAGCUUUCUGGCGCUGGCGCUGCUGCUCGGGCUAGGGAUCGACACGGUGCUGGCCCUUGGCGCCAUGACGACCUUGGCGGCGAUGCGCGGCAGCUUCACUGACGCCAAGAACUCGUUCGCGCUAUGCGUUCUCCGCGCUGGCACAAUGCAGCCUUUCUGCUGGGGUACCUUUGUCAUCGACAGCAACAUCUCCCCGCCAGGGAAUUCCCUGCUCUGGGCGAUGAAUGGGGGCGCCUACUUCGCUUGCGGCCUCCGGGCGGAUUCACGGUCUCCUCUCUGCUGGGGGCAAUCGCCAGGCAGCGAUGUCCCGGACGAAUUCAAGAACGUCAGCUACGCGGAGAUCAGCUGUGGCGGUUGGCACGCCUGCGCUGUGCGGUCCAAUUCCUCCUCCACCGCUCCAGGCCAGAUCGAUUGCUGGGGCGCCAGCGAUUUCGGUCAGAUCAGCCGCCCGGAUCGCCCCUCUCAGAUGGUGUCCAUCACUGCCGGGGACUACUUCUCGUGCGCAUUGGUUGCUUCCACGAGGCGGCCGAGGUGCUGGGGGAAGAUCUCCAAGUCCGGCAACACCACGGAGGUGAUUCCUCACGACUCGGUGUUCUUCCGGAUCUUCGCUGGAAGAACUCACGUCUGUGGCAUUUUGCUCGCGAGCCGCGAGGCUCUUUGCUGGGGGAACAACGAGUCCGGCCAGUGUGAUCCUCCAAAGGGUCUCUCCUUCGCGACUCUAGCCGCCGGGAUCGACCACUCUUGCGGGAUCCGAGACGAUUCUCACGAGGUGGUGUGCUGGGGGGAUAACAGGCACGGUCAGCUGGAAGUUCCAUCGGAUCUAAAGUUCUCCACGAUAGCGGCAGGGGAUUUCUACACUUGCGGGGUAACCCUGGGCGAGCGCCAACUUUUGUGCUGGGGAAGCGCCAGAGCUCCGAAAACUAUCCGAGUGAAAGAUGGACUUUGCGUGGCCGAUUGCGAGCACGACCAGUACGAUCUCAUGAACACCGACGUCAAGGACUGCGCCGGACCCGAGGAGAAGAUCUGUUUGCCGUGCGCGAGGUGCAAGGCUGGGAGCUACGAGACAUCGCCCUGCGUUCCUUUCAGUGACAGGAGCUGCUCUAGCUGCAAGUGGUGUUUCUCGAGGGAGAAGCGGGAUCACCCGUGCCGGCGAACUUGUCCAGCGCCGCGGAGCUUGUCGAUCUCGGGACCGCAACCAUCCGCCGCUGUAGCUUCGGAGCCAGCUGCUUUGGAUUCUGGCAACGUGACCUUUCGACCACCGGUCGUCGAGCACUCUGAUCAAAGUUUCAAGCGUUACCGGGACGUGAACGGAGUAAUGCUGGUGAUCACCAUCUCUUUGGUUACAAUCUUCACAGCCUAAACGGCAAAGUUUUGCGAGCUGACAUCGAACCGUCAGAUCGGUCUGUCGGUACCAGUGAGAAAAUAAAAACUACGUAUAAAAUCGUGGAAAUGGAAAGGGAAUGUCAACCUUUGUUGUGCUGCUAGCUCCAUAAUUUUUGGCGUCCGGAAGAAUUUGAGCUGGUUUUCAAGCUCUCGAAUGUCAGCCAUCUUCUCGUUCUUACGGUAAGAAAGAAUUGUUUCAGGUAGGAAAAGCUAUGGUUCUCUUUGCUCUUGAUUCUCAAGCUCCGAUUUUUCUAUUCGGUGCCUUUAAAGCCUGAUGCGAUGCUACAGCUGAGAUCUCUUGGGCCAUUUUGAUUGAUUGACUUCCAGCUAGCAAACUCCAACAAAGACUACAGUGAUUUUCAUCAAAGCUCCGCGGCAUCGCAAAAGGCAUCGAGAAUUCUCGCGAGCGCGCCAAGAAACUCCGUUAAAAUUUGUUAGAAGGGGAUAUUCGUCCGGCGGCCCACCGAAACCAUGUGAGAAGCACCGAAUAAAAUUUGUGCCAGGAGAGCAAAAAAAGGAGUGAUUUGACUCGCAAAUUCUGUGCGCUCCCCAGCUCUCAAUUGAUCGUGAGAAAGUGACAAACGAAACGAGGACGAAAGAAAGCCCUAAAUCUAAACUUCGCUACCAAAUUGGAAGGGAAGGGGGGAAGAACAAAUCCAUGCUUUUGUUGCUGCUUCUACACACCGACAUACACCGCCAAGAAUUUAACCCAUGGCGCAAAGUUCUUCGUUUCCUCUCUCUUUUUUUCCCUCUCUUUUGCCCCCAACUUUGUUUGCUUUUGCCUUUAAGAACAGGGUCUUAUAAUUUCCAGGAGGCCGCGGGGAGUUCGCAAGCACGAUAGAGAAAAAAAAAAAAAAGGCGUAGAAUGAGAUCAGCAGUAGUAGCCACGAUCUUCCUUGUGCUCGCAGUGGUACCAGGUGCUCUGUUCCAGGACGCUGGAGCGCCUCCUCCUCCAACCUGGUGCAUAGCGCAGCGCCGGGCGAGCCUCGCGCAGCUCCAGGUCGCGCUGGAUUGGGUGUGCGGCCCCGGACAGGCGGAUUGCACCAACAUCAUGGCCGGGCAGCCCUGUUUCCUCCCGGACAAUUCCAGGGGCCACGCUUCCUACGCUUUCAAUAACUAUUACCUCAAGAACAACAAGGCCUAUGGAUCUUGCAACUUCUCGUUUCUAGCCACCGUGACCACCCAUGAUCCAAGCUAUGGAUCGUGCUACUAUCCCUCGCAUCUGUGACACCAAUCUCACCGAAAUCUAUGUAUCAAUCAUGGAUUGCUUGGCUGGAUGAUCCGGGAAAUACUUUUGUAAUCGUUGAGUAAAAAUCGAAUCAAAGCACCUUAUAAGAAUA